UCGCUGCAGAUCGACUGCAUCGAUCAGAAUGAUUGAACAGCCGGCUGCAGUCCGAAGUGUAACUUAAACUUAAAGCCAGUGAGUUUAAUGCUGCGACGCUGCGUCAGUCUGCCACAGCCAGCUGACUCUGCAGAGCCGUGUAGCCGCGCAGCUCUCUGGACAUAAACAAGCUACAAAGGCUGUCAGCUGUCAAUUACAAACUAUGGCAAUCAAUAAAGCCAACAUCGCUAUUGGGUUUAUAGUUUCCGGUGUCCUCAUGGUGUUUUUCGGGACGUUUCUUUCUUUUGUGGGACCAAUAAUCAUCGACGACCAAAUAGUAAAGAACACGGUGAUCGACCCGAAGAAUGAGAUGUCCUACACCAUGUGGAAGGACGUCCCUGUGCCGUUCUACAUGUCCGUCUACUUCUUCAACGUCCUCAACCCUAAAGAGAUCCUGCGCGGAGAGAAGCCCAUGGUGGAGCAGCGAGGACCUUACGUGUACAGGAAACGCAUCCAGAAAGACAACAUCACGUUUCACGCCAACAGCACCGUGUCCUACAGGGAGUACAGACGUUACGCCUUUGAGCCGUCCAUGUCUUCAGGGAACGAGUCCGACGUCGUCACCAUUCCAAACAUGUUGGUUCUGGGUGCAGCGAUCAUGAUGGAGAACAUGCCGUACGCUGUGCGUUUGAUGAUCAGUGCCACCUUCAAGACCUUUAAAGAGGGGCCCUUCCUGACCAAGCCCGUCGGGGAGCUGAUGUGGGGUUAUGACAGUGGACUGGUGGAGUUCCUCAAUAAAUACAUGCCCGGCAUGCUGCCCUCGUCCGGGAAGUUCGGACUCUUCGCUGACUUCAACAACUCCGACACCGGCCUGUUCACCAUCAACACUGGAUCAGACGACAUCAGGAAAAUCCACAAAGUGGACUCGUGGAACGGGCUGACGGAGCUGAGCAACUGGAAGACUCCUCAGUGCAACAUGAUCAAUGGAACAGCUGGACAGAUGUGGCCUCCAUUCAUGACCAGAGAGAGCACUUUAGAGUUCUACAGCCCAGACGCCUGCAGAUCCAUGGAGCUUGUUUACCAGCGUGACGGUGUGAUGAAGGGGAUCCCUCUGUAUCGAUAUGUUGCACCCAAGACGCUGUUUGCCAACGGGACAGACUACGCUCCCAAUGAAGGCUUCUGCCCCUGCAGACAGUCCGGCCUGCUGAACGUCAGCAGCUGCAGACACAACUCUCCCGUCUUCAUCUCUCAUCCUCACUUCUUUAAUGCGGAUCCUGUGCUGCUGGACUACGUGCAGGGCCUCAACCCUACAGAGGAAGAGCACGGACUCUUCAUCGACAUCCACCCACUGACGGGCGUCCCUCUGAACGUAUCCAUCCGCCUGCAGCUCAAUCUCUUCAUGAAAAAAGUGUCAGGAAUUACAGAAACGGGAAAGAUUUCUGACGUGGUGAUGCCAAUGAUCUGGUUUGAGGAGAGCGGCUACAUAGACGGCCCCAUCCUCAACUCGUUCCACACAAACCUGGUGGUUCUCCCUGCUGUGAUGGAUUUCAUGCAGUACGGCUUCAUCGCCCUCGGCCUGGCUACAAUAAUAGUCGCCUCCCUGCUGUAUCGCAAAUUCAAGAGGUCAAACACAAAUGUGAAGAUGAGCUCCACAGGAGUGGACAACCCUGGGGCCUCCUAUAAGGAGUGGGUAAAAGACGCACAUGACCAUGAAAAGAAGGAGAUGAGUAACUCAGAGAAGUAAAUGUGGAGGUGGAAACACAUCCGAUGGACACACAAGCACUUCACCUGGAGAGAAAAACCCUCUACUGCAAGAUGAUGACACGCACACACACACACACGCACACACACGCACACACACACACACACACACACAGAGCUGGUGUUCACUGAAGGCCAACAUUUAGUAUCUUGAACUGAAACACUGACACAUGGUGCUCUACUCGCUAUAUUUCAAGGAGCCGGUGCCGUAUUUUACUAUUCUGUAAAGUUGAUGACGCUCUCAGAGUCAAAGAUUCACUUUCACUCCAGCGUCUCUGUUCGGGGAGUUGAGACUUUUAUCUCUUAAGGCAGCACAAGUGAAGAGAUCACUUUUUCUACAAUGAACUUCAACAACAACCAAACAUCACUGUUUCCAGCGUGUUCGUUCUGCUCAGUGUUCGACGAACAUCAGCUCUGAUCUGAAACAUUUUAUACUUUUGUCAAUUCCUCAUUGGCAGGAGACGGUUACUGCGGUGACUACUUUCACUGUGAUUUUUAAAGAAAUGUUUCUGUAUCAACCACAAGGGAACUUACGGGCAGAGAAGCUGACUGCCCGGUGUGUAUUUUACUACCAAUGUGCCUUCAUGAAGGAGGAAACGUGUAACUGACCUCCUUGUGUUUCAUGUGCACGAAGCAUCGCAGCGUUGAAAUGAAGAAUCGAACACUCCUGUCGAUCAGUGAGUCGAGCAGAUUGGUCUCAUUCCUAUUUGUAUACUACUGUUUUCUGUAAAAGUGUGAAUGCAUUUCUUGAAAAGGACAAAAAAAUGAUGACGUUUGGUGUCAAAAUGUUUCCUUUGUUAUAAAACGUGAAUGAAUGAAGAGAAACUCUGAGGUAAUAAAUGUCCUGAAUCCAA